AUGGCCUUGAAGGACCACAGUGCCAUCACCGAGUUCAUUCUCCUUGGUCUCUCUUCUGACCCCAACAUACAGGCUUUGCUAUUUUUGCUCUUCCUGGGGAUUUAUCUCCUGACUUUCAUGGGGAACUUGAUAAUGCUGCUGGUCAUCAGGACUGAUUCUUAUCUCCACACACCCAUGUACUUCUUCUUGAGUCACCUCUCUUUUCUUGAUCUCUGCUUCUCUUCAGUCAGUGUACCUAAGAUGCUGGAGAAUCUAUUGUCUCAGAAGAAAACCAUAUCACAACCCCUCCUUGUAAGGUGCUGCCUCAUUCAAAUAUUCUUUGUGCUUAUCACUGGAGGGACUGAAGGCCUUCUGCUCUCAGUGAUGGCCUACGAUCACUAUGCUGCCAUCUGCUACCCUCUGCUCUAUGGCCAGAUGAUGAGUAAACAGCGAUAUGUGCAGCUUGUGUGGGGCUCAUGGGGUCUAAGUUUUCUGGACGCAUUCAUCAAUGUCCUUCUGGCAGUGAAAAUGGACUUCUGUGAUACCUGUAUCAUCCCCCACUACAGCUGUGAGUUACCCUCUAUCUUCCCUCUGUCUUGUUCUGAUGUCUCCACCAACUUCAUUGUCAUGCUUUGCUCCUUUAUCCCACAUGGACUAAUAACUUCCCUUUCAAUAUUUUUCUCCUACAUCUGCAUCAUCUCCACCAUCCUUAGUAUCAGUUCCACCUCUGGCAGAAGCAAGCCUUUCUCCACCUGCUCCUCCCACCUCACUGCAGUGAUUUUUUUCUAUGGAUCAGCUUUUCUCCGCUAUUUCAUGCCAACCUCAGGUUCACCCUUGGAAUUGAUCUUCUCUGUGCAGUAUGGUGUGAUCACUCCCAUGCUGAAUUCCCUCAUCUAUAGCAUGAAGAACAAGGAGGUAAAGGCAGCUGUGAGAAGAAAACUGAGAAAAAUUUUAUAA